CUCGAUGAUAAAAAAAAUCGAUUACAUAGAUCCGUAUUUAUAUAGUUAUUCAAAGGAAAAGAUCACGAUUUUAUAAAUCUUAUGAAUUGAAAUUUAAAUCUACAGUAAUCUGUAGAAAAGAAAUUUUAAAUGACUGGGAAAAUACGCGUGCGUAAAUUCAAAGUCAAUUGUGAAGUGGACGUAAUAACGAUUGCCCUUCAUCUCUUUCUUUUUUACUCAUGUCUGCACAUACCAUGAUUAUAAUUAGGAAGAAAAGAACAGCUGACAAAAAAUAUAUCUAUUGAUGUGUCAUUAGUCAAACAGUGAUAAACUACAAAGACAAAUGUCUUUUCCAGUUCAACAUGGAAGUCAAUCAGUGAAUAACGCAAUAAAAGCAAAUUGAUAGAUAUGGCUGAAAAUAUUAACUGUGGUGGUUUUGUAUUUUACAAUAAUUUUGAUUCUGCUAAUUUGGCUAAAGUUGAGUUGGUAAGAGUAUCAGAGAUAUGUAAUAUAGCAAUUUCUGAAAAUGAAAGUAGAUCCUGCAAAAGUUUAAAUUCUGAUGAGACAUUUGAUUAUGAAUUUAAUUUGUGGACGAAGUAUGAUUGCCAUGGAACAGAAUAUCAAAACAAUAAUCGAACAUGGUUUUAUUUUGGUGUUAAGGCAUGUGCUCCAGGUAUUUACGUCAGAUUCAACAUAGUUAAUUUAAAUAAACAAGUUAGAAUGUUCAGUCAAGGAAUGUGUCCAGUAUAUAAAAUAAUACCAGGACAACUUCAUUGGGAACGGAUCCAUGAUAGACCAACAUAUAAAGUUGAUCAAACCAGUAGUGACUUUACGCUAUCUUUUACUUAUUAUACCCCAGAAAAUCAAAAGGCUGUAACAUAUUUUGCUUUCACUUAUCCUUUUUCAUACACUGAUUUACAAAACUAUUUAAAAAAAAUUGACAUAAGAAUGGCGAAACACUUUGUGACAAGCAUUGAUGACAUAUAUUAUCACAGGGAAUGUGCAAUAAAAUCAUUAGAAGGUCGUAGAUUAGAUGUUUUGACAAUAAGUUCUUAUCACAAUAUAUUAAAUGUAAGAGAGGAUAGAUUUGAUAACAUGUUUCCAGAGAAACAUGAAGAAAGACCUUUCAAAUUUUUGGAUAAGAAAGUUGUCUUUAUAAGUGCAAGGGUACAUCCAGGAGAAACACCAUCGAGUUUUGUACUGAAUGGGUUUCUGAAGUUUCUUUUAAAUCGAGAAGAUCAAAUAGCUCUUCAUUUACGUCGCAUAUAUGUAUUCAAGUUAAUACCAAUGCUUAAUCCUGAUGGUGUAGCUAAAGGACAUUAUCGAAUGGAUACUAAAGGAGUAAAUCUCAAUAGGAUGUAUUUAAAUCCUUCUGAAAAUGAUCAUCCUACAAUAUAUGCAGCAAGAAAUUUAAUAAGAUAUUAUCAUCAUUCUUAUAAUAUAAUAGAAGAACAAUUAUCUUUGGAAAUAGAAAGUACAUGUAUAAAGAAUAAAAACAAUAUCAAAAUGAAAGAGAUACAACAUCUACGUACUAAUGUUAUAUGUAAUACACCUACAAGAUUACUACAACGGGUAAAAUUAAUGACAUUAAAUGAAAGAGCUAAAUCUGAUACAGGAGUUAAAUAUGAGUGUAUGUUCACAUCAAAUAAUUUGGAUAAUACAUGUUGUGGUGGACAAGAAUUAUUUAGCGAUACACACGAAUAUCAAAAUAUAUUAAAAGACAAAUAUACUGAUAAAACAAUGAGUCAAACUGAUUCAAAUGAUCUUUCUAAAUCAUCCACUGAAUCUGGUCUCUAUUUAUAUAUUGAUCUUCAUGGUCAUGCCUCAAAGAAAGGUGUAUUCAUGUAUGGAAAUCAUUUUACCGAUUCAGAAGAUACUAUUAUGUGUAUGCUUCUGCCAAAAUUGAUGUCCAUUAACAAUCCAAAUUUUCAUUUUUCAUCAUGUAAUUUUGCAGAGAGAAAUAUGUACCUUAUUGAUAAAAGAGAUGGUAUGUCAAGAGAAGGUUCGGGUCGAGUAGCAGUGUAUAAAAUGACAGGCCUCAUACGUAGUUAUACUCUCGAAUGUAAUUACAAUUCUGGUCGCUUAGUAAAUAUUAUACCUGCCAGAAUUCGUGAUGGUAUUAGUAAAACAACGAAUCAUUUGUUUGUACCUCCUAAAUAUACUCCAACAGUGUUUGAAGCGGUAGGAGCAGCAUUAGGACCUUCUAUCCUUGAUCUUACUAAUAAUAAUCCCAACAGUCGAUUACCAAACAGUCAAUAUCGUUCAUUAAGAGGUGUAAGAUCUUAUUUGAAGUUAACGCAAAUGAAUAGUCUUUCUGCAUCAUGCAAUAAAUCUGCGUAUAAGGUAAAUUUCCGUUUAAAUAAUGAAAGUAAAAUUUUAGAAAGUAAUAUAACAUCAUGCGUUUUAUCCUAAUAUAAUUUAUAUGUACAUUACUGUAUUAACAGUAAUGUCUAUAAAUAUUAGUUUAUUAAUAAAAAUAACAAUAUUAAAUUUUCCUCGUAUUUAAACAAAAUUUUAUUUAGAUAGAAUUU